AUGGAGCUGUCAGAUGAUACAAUUUAUGGGGCAAUCUUAAUAUUUUCGAUAAUUUUUGGUGUUUUUAUUAAAUCUGUAAAGGGGUUAGAGCAAAAAAAAUACUUAUCUAGUUCAGUGGGCCUUGUAACGAUUUUAUUAAUAUGUCGUAUACACACAAUCCAUUCAGUUGUGACGGUUGUUGGAAGUUGUGUCAUUUUAAAACUCACGUCAUUCAGAUGGUGUCACGUGGUGAUGUUUGUAUGGUGCUUUGGUUAUCUGGCCUUCUUCCGGACGGUGCAUUGGUUUGGUCUGCCGAUGCCCAACCCUCUAUCCAAUGCAGUCCAGCUUUUACUCACACUUCGCAUGGUAGGUUUGGCAUUUGAGAUUCAUGACAGUCGAAAGAUGGAACAAGAUCAUGACAACAGUGAGAAGACCGAUCGAGUGCUCAUUCAGAAAUAUGUCCACAUUAAGCCUUCUGAUUCAGACAUUGUGUGUUACGCAUAUUGUUACAUUGGAAUACUUACAGGUCCAUAUUACAAGUAUCGAACCUAUUACGACUGGCUGGACAACUCUGCAACUGAUCAGAUAGCGACUUGGCGGCCAUUUCUGUCCAAAGUGAAGCCGGUUCCUGUCGUCAUAUUUUGUUUCUACUUUGUCACACGUUUCUUCAGCAUUCAAUAUGUGGACACGAAUGAUUUUGCACAUGAACCAUUCUGGUUCCGUCUGUUCUACAUGGUUCCCAUGUUUAUUAUGUUCCGCACUCGCCUCUACUCAGCAUGGAUUUUGUCGGAAUGUAUGUCAAUCACUGCAGCACUUGGAGCCUACCCAAUCAAAUCAAAGCCAAAGUGUGGAACUGGUCCAACAGAUCUUCAAGCUCUUGAUGACAUAAAAACCCAGUCUUCAGACAAGACUGUAGAGUAUGAUUUUGAGACGGUUCACAACUUGAAUAUCUAUGGCUGUGAGCUGGCACCCACCACACGAGAGGGACUCAGGAGUUGGAACAUGACAGUACAAUACUGGUUAGCUGCGAACGUCCAUCACAGAAUACCAAAAUCACUCAAAGCAUUCCGAGUGUUGAUCACUAUGAGCGUCAGUGCAUUUUGGCACGGCAUCCACCCUGGCUACUACCUCAGUUUUCUCACCGUUCCUCCGAUACUGAUGGCUGAGGAAGCCAUGACGAAUGCAUUCCGCAAGGGGGCAUCUGAGAAGCAACAGAAAUUAUUCGACUUCGGCUGUUGGUUUUUCAAGAUGCGUGGAUUUGACUAUAUGUGCAUGGGUUUUCUGUUGCUAAGUUACAAAUCGACAAUCAAAUAUUGGAUGUCAAUCUAUUUCCUAGGACAUAUAGUCAUAGUCAUGUUUCUUAUCAUUGGAAAUGCUGCACGCUAUUUAUGGCCAAAAAGAACGAAAUUGGACAAGAAAGAUUAGUGCAGUAAUAUGAAGUGUCAAAUAGCUUUUAAUAAAACUAUUAUCUUUGUUAUGUAGUAAAUAGAAAGGCACUUCUUGGCCAAUAGUGGUUGCAUUGUUUAUAACUGCUAAUGUACGUUUUAUGUCAUUGAAUUAGAGAAUAUUUGACUGUUUUUGGUGAUGGAAUACAUCAACACUACGCACUCCAAGAUAAUAAGAUAGAGUCCUUGAAGCUGUCUCAACAAAUUUGGUGUAAUCUGGAUUUCAAUGUAGACUGGCAGCACCACAUUAAGUCCAUUCAGUGAAAAUAGCUUGGCUAAAAUCAUCCAAAUUCAGCACUGUUGUGCGCAGAGGUAGAGUGUGCAGUCUGCAGCAUGCAGUUUCUAGGUGUGUUUUGUUUCCCCACUAAAUAUAUUGAACAAAAAGAAAAUUUGCUUUGAGCCGGGGAGGUUUUGACAUGUGCCUGACUGUAUAUCUGUGCAUUUCAUCAGUAACUCUUGAAUCUGGUUUUAGAAUUCACUGUAUGUGUCUUUCUACAUGUAUGCUUGUUAGCUUAUCCUGUAGUAGGUCUGAUGUGGACAGUACAUCCAGAAGCCAUGUAUAAAGCCUUAAAAUUUUAUUUAAAACGUAAAACAAACCUACGGUCGACGAUAACGUCUCUUUUGGCACUCUUGCUUUGGCUUUGUACACAAUAAAUAUAACAUAUCUUACCAUAAUUUCACUUAAAAUUCAUAUUUCGGAAAAAUAGAAUAUUUUCAUUGCAAGUUUUUCUUCAAAUGGUCCAUUGCAUUUAAUUUAAUAUGUUCAAACAAAAACAUUUUAAUAGCAAUUUUGCAUUGGAACUUUUUCAGCAUUAUUGAAUGGAAACGUCAAGCACCAAGUUUAUUGUUAUUGUAAGAUGUAAAGUGACGUCAUUCAUAUUCAGAAUUAGCUAUAUAUUACAAUGCUUCACCACAUUAAAUUUAAAAAAAAAGGUUUACUUACCAUGACCGGUCAAAAUGGUUUCGAGAGCAAUUUACUUGUCGGUAUGUUUUUAUUUUUCAUAAUUUUAGACAAAAUAUUAAAAGUUUUAAAAGAUGAAAUAUAAAAAGCACCAUUUGUCAAAUAUAUCAUAUAAAAUGUUUUUACCACUAAGUAUGUUAUAUUUAUUGUGUACGAAGCCAAAACAAGGGUGCGAAAAGUGAAGUCGUCAACCUUAAUUUUAUCUCAAAACCAGCAUACUGCAGUGAAGUAAUUUUUUAAAUUUAUACAAAAUAUAUCAAAAGUUUCUGAAUUAUGUAUUAUAUCAAAAUGUAUCCAGCAUAUCAAAAGCUGUGGUACCUGUGUGAACAUGCAUAUACAAGACAUUGUGCAAGGAGUAAGCUACUUAAUAUAUGUCAGUGAACAAAGUCAGUAUUUUCUGAAACAAUCUAGAUCAGGUAUGACAAAUUAAUUUACUUUGUUUGACAGCUGGUAGCUAUUGAUUAAACAUUCCUUUCCUUUAGAGGCCCGUGGUUAUGAAAAUUAGUUUGAGACUUGGCUCAGUAAUCAUGCAAUGAUGUAGAACUUAAACUGAAUGACAUUGAGUCUUGCAUCUUAACACACUGGUCAAAAGAAACAGUUUUUACCUAACACAGAGCAUUCCUCAUCAAAAUUAAUUCCAUUUUUGUUGGGAAUUGUUGAAAGCAAACUUUACAUUAAAAAUUUUUUGCUGUCAACUACAUGUAUUUAAAUAUUUUGUAUUUUACUUUUGAUGUUUUCUAAAACUGUUGCAUAUUAAACAAUUUGUUAAAACACUGCCUGCUUCAGAUAGUAAAUGAUGCCCAGUGUUGUUUACUAUCAGUGAUAUUUUCUGGGCUUCAUAUUAAAGGUUUUACAGGACAUAAUGUGAUAAAGUUCCAAAUUUGAACACUGCACACAGCUUUUUAUGACUGAAAUUGUUCAAGUUUGUAAUAAUAUCUUAUUACUUAUUUUAAAUAUUGUGACAAACUAAACAAAUAUUCAUUUUCCCUGUGGUUUCUCCUCCCCCCCCCCCCCCCCCCCCCCCACUUUCCUCCCUGCAUAGAAAUAUAUAUGUAGAACAAAGGCCUCAUAAUGUUGUUAGGCAUCUGCAUUUUAUAAUCUUGACAACAUGUAGGCAAGUAUUUCUUGGCUAUAUAAUUAUAUUAUAACUUUGUGUUGUAUGUUAUGCAUUGAAUGCAGUAAAAGUUAUUCAUAUUCAACACACCGACAAAUUUGCAGGGUGUUUGCAGUAGUAAAUGUGUUAAUAAAAGAAUUAAUAAUGACACUCGACACAUUUUUAUUGGAGAUAUGGCAUUGGACAUAUAGUUAAAGACCACAUAGUGAGAGAGGGGAAACCCACUGCUACUAUUAAUUAAAUAAUCAAUAAUAGCUAUAUACUAACACUAUCCAGCCGCUUGCAGAAUUUACACUGUACAAUUCCGCCGAUCCCGUCAAUGGUUGGAACGACAGAAUUAUUCUGCCCUUUAUUGGAUAAAUUGCCAAUAACGCUAAAAUUAACUCUUUAAAAUAAUAAAAUAUAUUAUUUUAGCUAACUAUACUUAAUUUUACAUAUUUUAUAACUUUUAGAAGACAUUUCUCGUUCUUUAAAAACACAUAAAUACAUAAUCAGCUAAAAAUAGCACUUUACCUUUGCACGGUGAAUGUCGUCUGCAAAACAGCUGUUUAUAACGGGAAGUAUUUCAGAACAAGGCUCUGGCACCAUUUUAGUAUAACAUAUAUGUUACGAGCUACUAUUGCUAAUCUUCGAUCUUAUUUCCACUUAGAAACUCCUAACUUCUGUCAUACGGUAAUAAAUACCUCCAUUAAUGCUAAACAAAUGUCGUAUAAAUUGUGAAUAAUUCAACUUGCCACUGAAAUAAGUGUAAACAAACGUUCUUGUUUGAUUCUAUUAAAGGUGCAUUAUCUUCCAAUACGAACGUCAACAAUAAUGCAGAUAUUAUUUAUAAAAUACACCACUGGUAACGUCACAUAUCCUUACACUAUUUCAUGGGCUACACUUUUCGAUCAGCAGCAAGGGGUCUUUCAUAUGCAUCAUACCACAGACAGGAUAGUACAUAUCAUGGCUUUUGGGAAGCAACUCAAAUGGGCCCAAGCCUGCUUACACAUCAGCACUUGUUAAUGAAGUAUGCAACGCAUUUUUAUAGGUUUAUAUGAACCUAGCAUUAUGUGUAUUUUAGUCAAGACUUUGAAGUAUGAUCAUAUCCCAUUUAAUCCAUAUAUAAUUAAGGACUAAUGUAAUCACAUCCUGCAAAUCCACCAGUUAUAGUUGCAUACAUUCUAAUCACCUUGUUUUGUGUUAUUAACAUCUUUCUGGUUUCUGAAUAAAAUGAUGAAAAUAAUUUUGAAAGAAAUCAUAUGAACAAGUUAACAGAGAAAGAAUUGGUGUCAAUCAAGUCUUGUGAAUCACUUUAUUUUUUAAUAAAUAUUGUUUGAACAUU